CUCCAUCCAGUUCAGAGUUCGCAUUUCUUCAGGGCUUUGUAGAAACUCCUUGCCGACACCUUCCCUCCCUCUGUGUGGCCCCAGAUGACGUCGCCGGCUUUUGCACUGUAGAAUCGGGGCCCCGGAACCGCAGAAAAACACCGAAACUCGUGCAAGUUCGCGAUGCACUUCCAAAUAAGACAUCUGGUGCGCCUAAACGCCUGCGCUCCGGUGGAACGCAGGCUAGUGAGAAAACUAUGCGCAGCGGCACAACAACGUGGUGUCACAGCAGCGGGACCGCACGCAUCUGCAGGUUUGAAGACGUGUUUCCAGCUGCAGGGCUGCAGAAACUAUGCAUCCGACUCUGCAUACGGCCGAGCCUUCGCCACAGCGAGGGACAACCCCGAGAAGUUCUGGGCGGAGAUGGGGGAGAACAUAGACUGGUUUGAACCGUGGAGGCAAACUUUACGCGUUGAGGAUCCGGUGUUUCCAAACUGGUUUGUUGGAGGAAAGUUAAACAUGUGCUUCAACGCUGUGGAUCGCCAUGUAGAAAGCGACCGAGGAGAGCAGCCUGCCAUCAUAUACGACAGCCCGGUGACUGAAACUAAACAGGUCAUCACUUUCAGGGAACUUCAGGACCAGGUGUCCAGGUUAGCAGGGGUCUUGGUGAAGAAUGGGGUAAAGAAAGGCGAUAUCGUCGUCAUCUACAUGCCCAUGGUGCCUCAGGCCAUGUUCACCAUGUUGGCCUGCGCUCGCAUCGGUGCCCCACAUAGCCUCAUCUUUGGGGGCUUCGCCUCCAAAGAGCUGUCCGUCCGCAUCGAUCACGCCAAGCCCAAGCUGAUGGUUACAGCCUCAUUUGGCAUCGAGCCAGGCAGAAGAGUGGAGUACAUCCCUCUGGUGAAGAAGGCCCUGGAGCUGAGCUCUCACAAGCCCUCCAGAGUCCUCAUCUACAGCCGGCCCAGCAUGGAGAAAGCAUCACUGGGUCCAGAGCUGAGUCUGGACUGGGAUGAGGAGAUGGCCACCGCUCGGCCACAUGACUGCGUUCCUCUGCCCUCCGACCAUCCUCUCUAUGUGCUCUACACAUCCGGCACCACUGGAAUGCCAAAGGGUGUUGUGCGAGACACUGCCGGUUAUGCUGUGAUGCUGAAAUGGACCAUGUCAAAUAUUUAUGGACUCAGUCCCGGAGAUGUUUGGUGGGCAGCAUCAGACCUUGGCUGGGUGGUCGGCCACUCGUACAUCUGCUACGCUCCUUUGCUCCAUGGUAACAGCACAAUCCUCUAUGAGGGCAAACCUGUCGGGACUCCAGACCCCGGGGCCUUCUUCCGUGUCCUGUCUGAACACGGAGCCUCCUCCAUAUUCACGGCACCCACAGCCAUCCGAGCCAUCCGCCAGCAGGACCCCCACACUGCAGUAGGGAAGAAGUAUCCUCUGUCCAGGUUGCAGUCGAUGUUCUUGGCAGGAGAGCGAUGUGAUGUGGAGACACUGGAUUGGGCCAAGAGGAGUUUCGGAGUUCCCGUUCUGGAUCACUGGUGGCAGACUGAAAGUGGCUCAGCUAUCUCCUCCACUUGUAUCGGUCUGGGAAACUCACUCACGCCACCUGCAGGCCAGGCUGGCAAACCAGUUCCAGGCUACAAUGUCACAGUGAUCGAUGAUGACAUGCAGGAGGUGAAGCCAAGAACCCUGGGAAAUAUUGUGGUGAGACUACCUUUACCACCUGGUGCAGCUUUGUCGUUGUGGCAGAACCGGGAUUUAUUUAAGAAGCUUUACUUCACCAAGUUCCCAGGUUACUAUGAUACCAUGGAUGCAGGUUUUGUGGACGACGAGGGUUUCCUUUACAUCAUGUCUCGCUCUGAUGAUGUCAUCAAUGUGGCCGGUCACAGGUUGUCUGCCGGAGCAUUGGAGGAGUCAGUGAUGCAGCAUCCAACUGUGGGGGACUGUGCAGUGGUCGGUCUAGAGGACUCUCUGAAGGGUCAUGUUCCCUUGGCCCUGUGUGUACUCAAGAAAGGUGUGCAGAAAACCGAGGAGGAGGUCAUAAAUGAGAUAGUGAAGCUUGUGAGAGACACCAUCGGACCAGUGGCUGCCUUUAAGAAAGUGCUUUUUGUCCAUGGAUUGCCGAAGACCCGCUCUGGCAAGAUCCCUCGCUCCUCUUUAGCCAACCUGGUCAACGAGAAACCUUACAAGAUCACUCCAACCAUUGAGGACCCAGAGGUGUUCAAACACAUAGAGAGACAAGUUGAGAAAGCUCUCGGACGUAGGCGAGCCUGAACUGAGCUGUAUGACGACGGAGAAAGCUGAAGUAUUACAAACCAGGCGGACACAAGUUCACUUUUUUUCACCAGAAACAUGCAAGAAUGUUCACUCCAUGCACGGUGUGCUGCAAAGUAGAAGCAAAAUUAGCAAUUAUUCCAGUUUUCUAAGUCAAGUUUUGUUCUUGUUUUAUGUAAACUGGACCUAUUUCAGUAUUUCCACUUGUAAUAAUGAAAUUAACGAUAUAUUUGUACUUAAUCUGAAUAAUAAUGUGAAUUAAGGCUGCACAACAGACUCAUAAUUAAUAAUGAAAGGAGACAAGCUACAGCUACUGCAAGCUAAACAUUUUCAAAUAUGAAUGAGGAAUAAUGAAGGCGACUCAUUCACUGACAGUUUUUUAAAUUUUAUUGACAAUGAAAAUUUGUUUGCUCACCACUUAGUUUUGACCAAAGUACAAGAAGUAAUAAAUAAAAAAAGAAUGGACACAAAAUAAAAUGAUUCAUCGUUCGUGCAAAUUGAAGAUGUAAAAACGAAAUGAAAAGACGUCGUUUUGCGUGGUCCGUCGGAAAUAACCAAAAGACAGAAAACAGGGCUGUACAACGGGUCACCCUGCUGGAAACUCUGACGGAAACAAAGAGUCAACAGUUACACCAAAUGUAAGUCACGGCAAGCAACAGGGUUUUUUUUGUCAUUAAGUCACCUCACUUCGACAUGGUCAUAUACACUCUACACACACUAUGAGCUAAAGCAGUCUGUCUUUCAGUUAUUUCUUCUGUUUAAGUGUCCGAAGGGUUCGAGGGAGAAGGCCAGCUCGGCUGAAAAGUGUAGUUGUCCUUUUUGUGUGAAUGCGUCGCCUGACAAAACAUACAGUACAACGAGUGACAGCUUCUGUGGACGACCUGCUGCUUUCUUUUUGUUCUCUGAGGGGAAGUUUUGUGCAACUUCGGAGAGCAACGGCGUCUCUUGUUCCGUCCUUGGCUACUAAAGAGUCCGUUGAGUUGAUGCGGUUGUAUGAAAGUGCUUGUCAGGUUUGUUCCAGUGCGUAGACACGUCCUCUUAAAAUGCUCCGAAAGGAUAAUGAAGUUUUGUUGACUCGG